AUGCCGACUCCGUCGGAGACAGUUACCGCUGAGCUUGUCCUGGUCCAGGCGGAGCGAUUCCAGCUUGGCCCCAUCCCGCCAGAGCUGGGAACCCUCAGAAAGCUAAACACGCUGUCGUUCUUCCGCAACCAGCCCACAGGACAUAUCCCACCGCAGCUAGGAAAUCUGAGCGCCUUGGUGCAGCUCAACCUCCGCUGGAAUAAGUUGGAUGGACACAUCCCACCGAAGCUAGGAAAUCUGAGCGCCUUGGAGCACCUCAACCUCGGAUGA